AUGGGCGGCAUGAACUACCACAUCGAGAUCUUGUUCCAAGAUGGUGUAAGCUGGUUAGCUCGGAUCCGACGCUCAAAUGCCACCUCCCCGCCACCGGAAUUGCAGAACUACAUCUUGCGCAGCGAGGUCGCGACGCUCCAAUUCCUGCAUCGUAUCAACCUCCCCGUACCGAUGGUGCAUGAUUUCGAUUCUGACGAGAGGAACCCCGUCGGCUUACCGUAUAUCCUGAUGGAGAAAUUGCCCGGCCAGAGCGUGGGAAGUUCGCUAUCUUCGGCCUGGACUCCCGAGAAGAAAAAGAAGGUCUUGAGCCAACUUGCGGAUAUCUAUAUUGUUCUCCUUAACCAUCCUAUGGAUAGGAUGGGGUCGUUUAGUCAUCCUGGAUCUACGCGCAUAGGUCCUUUUGCUGUGGAAUCCUUGACGGAUCGUCAGGGUUCUCUUUUGAAGACCACCGGCCCUUGCUUGUCUAUACAAGAGUACUACAAGAGGGGAAUCGACCUGACGCUGGAUCUGAUUCUGAGACAGGAGAUCUAUACGAGCCGAUCCGUUGAUGCCUAUUUGGUGCAUCGGUUUUUGCUGGAUAAUGUCGCCAAGGUCUUCUCGUAUAAUGAUCUUGAUGAUGGGAAGUUUUAUCUUCGGCAUGCGGAUGACAAGGGUGAUCAUAUUCUUGUUGAUGAGGAUUUCAAUAUUACUGGCAUCAUUGAUUGGGAAUGGGCGUAUACGGCGCCUAAAUCGGCGGCGUUUAAUUCUCCCAUUGCUCUUCUCCCGGUGGGUGAGUUUUACAAUGGAGCCAAUAGACUAGGUGAUGACGAGAUCGCCUUCGCAGAGCUUCUGAAAGAAAAAGGGCACCCUGAUCUUGGGGAAAUCACACGAUGCGGACGUCUUCUGCACCGCUUUGACUUUUGCUGCGGGUAUGACAUUUCAGAUUGGGAUGGAUUUCUAGGUCUAUUCUUCGGUCUACUGAAAGGACUAGGGGACAAUUUUCUGAAAGGUCUUGGCGAUAGCACGCAUCUGAAUUGGGAGAUUUGGAAAACAGAGGCCUUGGAACGGUAUUGGGACGACGAACGGCUGCAGAAGCUCAUCGAAGCCACCAAUUUCUUUUGA